CUAGUACUAAGAACCACCAGAUGACAUCGCGUGAUGGGAGAACGUUUGGGCAUAUCAGUGGCGUGGAGGUUGGCACAAGUUUCAACUCAAAAGCUGCGUUAGCCGACGCAGGCGUACAUAAACUACAACAAUCUGGCAUACAUGGGGAUAAAGAGCUUGGCGCAUUUUCCAUAUGCUUGUCCAAAGGGUAUGAGGAUAAUGUCGACAGGGGAAAUGUCAUUACGUAUGUUGGCUCAGGUGGACAAGAUGAGGAUGGAAAACAAAUAAGUGACCAAGACCCUGAUUCUGGAGUUAAUAAAGCCAUGUUUCUCUCCUCUGAAACCAGGCGUCCAGUGCGAGUCGUACGCGGAGCGAAUGACGACAACGCUUAUUCUCCAGCUUUUCGUUAUGACGGGCUGUAUGUCGUCGAUGAGGCCAAGAUGAUGGACGGAAAGAAAGGAUUUAAGAUGUGCACCUUUACGCUGAAGCGAAUUGAUGAAGAAGGCCAGAAGGCGAUACCAAUAAGGCGCACCCUCACUCUCGGCAAACUGGCAAAAAUGAGGAAGAAUACUCGUACCGGAUAAUUUGCCCGCUAUAGUUGUGAUACCUUGGCUUUCAAUCAUCAUGCAAUGGAAUCUCUUCAUAUAUACUCGUGUAUUAGUAUGUACAGUCGUCUGCCUGCGUUUGUAGUUUUACUGUCCAAUACCAACCUCCUCAUUUGUCUACCUCG